AUGCGGGAAGAGGUUCUGUCCCAGCAUAUCCGAGAACGCCGUGCAUCCACUCGUCCAGAUGAGCCUAGCGAAAUCAGUCCCGAGUUCCUUGAGGCAUUGCCUGACGAUAUCAGAGAGGAAUUACUGGCGCAAGAAGCUGCCGACCGGCGCCGGCGUGAGCGUGAGCGUGAGCGUGAAGAGCAACAGGCUCCGGAUGCACAAGCUUCAACUGGUCCUGCGGAGAUCGAUCCUGCUUCCUUCCUUGCAUCUUUGGAUCCGGAGCUCCGCCGUUCUGUUCUGGCUGAUGCAGAAGAUGACUUCAUCGCGCAGUUACCGCCUGCCUUGGCAGCGGAGGCUGGAAACAUGAGACCUCGCGGAACGCUCAAUGUGGGACGGCCGGGUGGUGCCAUAGAGCAGCUGCUUCAAGGUCGCCGAGGAACUGCCGCCGAAGGCGGUGAAGCUGGAAAGAAGGAAGAAUUGAAGAAGCCAGCACCUCGGCGUGAUAUGAUCCAGCUUCUGGACAAAUCUGGAAUUGCCACGCUUGUACGUCUCCUGUUCCUUCCACAGGUUGGCGAGAAGACAAUCUUGCAUGACAUUCUCCUGAACGUUUGCGAAAACAAGCAGAAUCGCGCAGAAAUUGUGAACCUCCUCCUUGCCGUACUGCAAGACGGUAGCGGUAGCUUGCAUGCAGUCGAGAAGAGUUUUGCCCAGGUUUCCUACCGGGCUAAGGGUCCGAACACUCCAAAGCCUACCACGAAGCCGAAGCUCGGCUCUGCUCUUGGAUCUCUGACGCAGGUUGCGGGCGACAAUGCGCCAAUGGUCCUUGCUCAACAGUGUCUACAAACUUUGUCUCACAUUGUGGGCUGGAACGAACACUUGGCGAUGUUCUUUUUGCACGAGCAUGAGUUGUUUGGCGGGCUUCGAAAACCCAACAAGAAGGGUAAGAACAAGGAGCCCCCCAGGAGCGCUAAGUUUCCCAUCAACAUGCUGCUGUCUCUCCUGGAGCGACCUCUGUUCUUGCAGAACACUGGCAUCAUGGAUUCGCUUUCCCAGCUGCUCUCGGCCACAACUCGUCCUCUGAUUGCGUUGUCGAAGAAGGAGGCAAAGCUUAAGGAAGAAGCUAAGAAGGACGCUGAUGCUUCGAAGGAAUCUGCACAGGCGACCGAGUCAUCUGCUGUUUCCGAAGUCGAAUCUAAGGUUACUGAAGCUCCCACAAGUGACGCAAAGCCUGCUACGGAGACUAAGAAAAAGUCAUUACAGCCGCCCGUAAUUCCUGAGACGAACAUGCGUCUGGUGGUGAACAUUCUUACUGCACGCGAGUGUUCUAGUCGCACUUUCCAGAGCACUUUGGCGACAAUGCAUCACCUGGCUGCUCUUCCUGAGGGCCGCGAUGUCAUAGCCGGAGAAUUGGUCAAACAGGCACGUCACCUGGGCGACGUUAUUCAUGCGGAUUUGGACGCCCUGGUCGUUAAGAUCAAGGCUGCUAAGAACGGUGAAGACGUUCAAGGUUUGGCUUUGGCCCAGUUCUCACCAGCAAGCUCCGAUCAAGCUAAGCUCCUUCGCAUUCUCAAGGCCAUGGACUACUUGUUUGACCGUAACCGUGCGUCUGUCAAUUUGAGCAAGCAGGAAAAGAUCGACAUUCUCGGUGACCUGUAUGAGCGUCUAGCAUUUACGCAGCUCUGGGACAAGCUCAGUGCUUGUUUGGAUGCUGUUCACGAGCAUGCGGACAUGAUGCACGUUGCAACUGUUUUGCUUCCUCUGAUCGAGGCUUUGAUGGUGGUCUGCAAGAACACGGACUCAAGCAAGGAUGCGGCAGCGGUCACCCAAGAUCUUAGCCAGGAUGCACCUACUAAUGCUUCUCAGGCUCUACUCCUCUCGUUCACGGACAAGCACCGUAAGAUCCUCAACCAGAUGGUUCGUAACAACCCUAACCUCAUGAGCGGUUCUUUCUCCCUUCUGGUCCGGAACCCGAAGGCUUUGGAAUUCGACAACAAGCGCAACUACUUUACGCGCAAGAUCCACGAGCGCCCGAAUACCCGGGAUACAUUUGCUCCUCUUCAGCUUAACGUUCGAAGAGAUCAGGUGUUCCAUGAUUCUUUCCGUGCUCUUUACUUCAAGACCGCGGAUGAGAUCAAGUAUUCCAAGCUCAAUAUUCGAUUCCAUGGCGAGGAGGGUGUAGACGCCGGAGGUGUCACGCGUGAGUGGUUCCAGGUGCUUGCUCGACAGAUGUUCAACCCUGACUAUGCGCUCUUCACGCCGGUGUCAUCCGACAGCACUACCUUCCACCCCAACCAGACGUCUGGUGUUAACCCGGAGCACCUGUUGUUCUUCAAGUUCAUCGGACGAAUCAUUGGUAAGGCGUUGUACGAUAACCGUCUCUUGGACUGUUAUUUCAGUCGUGCUGUGUACAAGCGCAUGCUUGGCACCCCGGUAUCUCUCAAGGAUAUGGAGUCUCUUGAUCUUGAUUACUACAAGUCGCUUUGCUGGAUCCUCGAGAAUGACAUCACGGACAUCAUCGCCGAGACGUUCUCCAUGGAGGUUGACGAGUACGGAGUGACGAAGAUCAUUGAUCUCAAGCCGGAUGGACGUAACAUUCCAGUUACGGAGGAAAACAAGCAGGAGUACGUUAAGCUUGUGGUCGAGUACAGAUUGAUUACCAGUGUCAAGGAGCAGCUCGACAACUUCAUCAUGGGUUUCCAUGAUAUCAUCUCCCCAGACCUGGUCAAGAUCUUCAACGAAAAGGAAUUGGAAUUGCUCAUCUCGGGUCUCCCUGACAUCGACAUCGACGACUGGCGCAACAACACGGAAUACCAAAACUACACUGCUGCUUCACCCCAAGUACAGUGGUUCUGGCGUGCGGUUCGUUCGUUCGACGAUGAGGAGCGUGCCAAGUUGCUUCAGUUCUCGACUGGUACUUCAAAGGUCCCGCUUAAUGGGUUCAAGGAGCUGGAGGGUAUGCAGGGUAUCCAGAAAUUCAGCAUUCACCGCGACUUUGCCUCAAUUGAGCGAUUGCCGCAGAGUCAUACGUGUUUCAAUCAGCUUGAUUUGCCGGCGUAUGAGUCGUAUGAGCAGUUGAGGACGCAGUUGUUGAUGGCCAUUAGUGAAGGAAAUGUUGGAUUCGGAUUUGCUUAG